CCUGUAUGGCGUCUCUCUCUCCGCCUAGCGGUGCUUGCGGGCCUCAGUGAACCGUUAUCCGCUGCUGGAAAUAACUCCGGGAGCGCCUCUUCUUGUUUGACUUAUAAGCACCCCACAACAACACUCCUUCACUCUUUGUUUUGCUUUUAUGCACUUUUUGGCCCACUUUUUUCUGCUUUGGCGAGCAUUCGCCUCACAACGUGGCCGCUUUGCGCGUACUUUGUUGACGGGGAGUGGAUGAAAGCAGGGCCGGGCGAGGUUGGUUGGACUCGCUUUGGCCGCCGAACGGAGCCGUUGGCGUCCAUCGUUAGCAUCAGAACAACUGUGGGGGUCUUCGGUUUGACGGCCGGACUCUGGGUAGUGUGGGCUAAAGUGUGUAGCUUUUAAACGAGGUUCUGCCCGGAUGGUGAGUGAUGGCAGGGAAAAAGAGAGCGAUGAGAUGUUUAUUAUUUGGUGACCACUUCCCUUCCUCCUCCUCCUCCUGUUCUUCUUCCUCCUCCUCCAAUCUGCACCAAAUCUUGGCUCGUUGAAGUGCCAAACUUCAACGGCGGCUUGGAGGCCAGUUCGGACUCGGAUGAUGACGACAAGCUACACAUCGUGGAGGAGGACAGCCUGCAGGAGCCUGAGCUUGCCAAGGUGAAGGACGGCCAUGACGCCAAAGCUACAAUAUUGCCACACAACGGCUCCUGGAAUGGAGAAGCUGCGGCUCAGAACUAAAGGUCUUCACAUUCAAAGUGACCAGUCAAAGUAAGAAAAUCAGGAAGUAUGAGCAUAUCAACAUGUGAAAGCAGUCCUGCACAUGACACCAAACACUCUAACCAGUCUGUGGAACCUCACUCCAUAGCUUUAUACAGGCUGCAUUGAAGGAGCAUGCAGUAUUGCAGUAUUUACAACAACCUUAAAAAUGACACCCUGACUAAACUUUGCUCACUUCCUGUUUUGUUUUCCAGUUGGCAGCAAAAUACAGGUGGUCCUCAGCCAACUAUGUUUUUUUACAAUUAUAUGUUUUAAGGCUGUAAAUCCCCUCACCGUAUACUUUAUACACUUUUCUCAGACAGGCAUUAAUAUUUUCUUACAUUUCUCUUUUUUAAACACUCUCAAAGUUCUAAUUUUGUUAUACAUGUAUAUUAUUAUUAUUAUUAUUAUUAUUAUUAUUAUUAUUAUGUAGAAAGGUAAAGUAAAAAGUGAUAGAUAUUUAAAGCUUUGUCUUUAAAUACAAAGUUUAUGUUAUUAUUGGGUGUUGGCAUCAGCAUUUAAGCUUUUUCUCAUAGUGCCUUUUGCUCUAUUUAAUUUUUUUUUUUUUUUUUUUUUUACUGUUUUUUACAUUUUGUUUUGUUUCUGCAGUGAUGCAAUGACAAAUGAGCCACAGGUCGCGGAUGGCCCCCGAGCCGCACUUUGGUCACCCCUAGGCUGCUGAAAGUGACAGUAAUAUUUUUAUUACUGUUUAGUGUUUUCUUCUGUGUGCAGUGCCAGUGAUGAGUUGUUUUAGCUGUAAUUGAGGUUUAAGACCAAAACUCGACUUACAUCGCAGUCUAGGAACAGAACUUGUAUGAAACCUGAGGACCACCUGUAGUUGGGCCUGAGAGAGAUUGUACCCUCUGGUGGUGGAUACCUCGUAGUGAAAGCCCUCUUGCCUCCAUUUGUUCAAUGCUACAACAUCCACAUCAUCAACAAUCAAAUCUUCUUAAAUGGUUCCUCCCUAACUCUUGCUUUCUGGACCUUUAUCAUGUUGUUGUCCCAUGCAUGUCUUGGCGGGUUGUGUUUUGGUGUGGUUAGAAGCUGUAGAGAACACAAGAAAGAACAUAGAACCAACGCUGCAGGUGGAGGUGACGACUCGAGCAAAGGAAGCAGAUGUGGAAAAUUUUGGUGAAAGAAGAGUGUGUGUCUGAAGAAGAAGAAGAAGAAGAAGCAGCGGGGGAUGAGGAUGAGGCAGUGAAGGAUGCGCUGGUGGAUGACAUCCUCCAGGAAGGAGACACAGCCAUCAUCUACCCCGAAGCCCCCGAUGACGAGCACAGUCCAGCAGAGACUGGUGGAGCAGAUGAAAAUGGCACUCCGGACUCGUCGCAGCUGCACACGUGUCCGUACUGCUCGCGGGGCUACAAGCGCAACGCCUCGCUGAAGGAGCACAUCAAGUACCGCCACGAGACCAGCGAGGACAACUACAGCUGCUCGCACUGCAGCUACACCUUCACGUACCGCUCGCAGCUGGAGAGGCACAUGAGCCACCACAGGGGCAGCAAGGAGCAGCGUCACGCGUCGCAGUCGAGCUGUGGAGUCGGAGGACCGCGCAAGUUCAAAUGCACCGAGUGUUCCAAGGCCUUCAAGUAUAAGCAUCACCUGAAGGAGCACCUGCGCAUUCACAGCGGAGAGAAACCGUACGAAUGCUCAAACUGCAAGAAGAGGUUCUCCCACUCGGGCUCGUACAGCUCCCACAUCAGUAGUAAGAAGUGCGUGCAAGCAGUCACACCCAACGGCGUGGCUCACAAAGCCAUGAAGAUGCAGCUCCCCGUCGGCAACUCCACCACCAUGCGCGUUGCCAUCGCGCCGGUCCGCCCGGCCCUCAAAGAGAAGCCUGAAAGCAAACCCCUCCAAGAGCAGCUCCCCGUCACUCAGAUCAAAUCGGAACCUGAUGAACAUCCCUGCAAGCCAGCCAUGGCGCCACCGGCCGGGGUGGCAAAUGUGGUGACCUCGCAGCCAGUGGCGGCCCCCGCUGCGCUCCCUCAGGGUGUGGCCAUGGUUCUGCCCACCAUGGGCCUGGUGCCGCCCCUCAACAUCAAUGUGAAUGACCUGCAGAACGUUCUGAAGGUGGCCAUGGAUGGGAACGUGCUCAGGCAGGUGCUGGGCACGACUAACGGUGCUGUGUUGCAGCCUCAGCAGCAGAUUAUCAGCCUGCCCGCCUUCGUGGACCACGACGGCACCACCAAGAUCAUCAUCAACUACAGCAUUGGACCGGCACCAGCCACCACCGCCACCACUCAGCCAAUGUCGCUUUUUGUCAAAAACAACCUCCCUCUCACUCCCGUUCCCCCCGUCGCUGCCGCAGCCCCUACCCCCACCAAAACGGACAAAUCGCCCUCUCCGAAGGUUGACCUCAGCCUCGUCAAGGAAGAGCCCGAGUCGAUGCUCGUCACAGAAACGGAACCGGACCAGCAGAUGCAGAAGACCAUAAAGACUGAAAUGGCUGACGUUCCACAAGCCGACGGCGACAGUACUUGUUUACUUUGUGACAACUGUCCCGAAAACCUGGAGGCGCUGCACUUGCUCCAGCACCACAAGGCGGCCAACGGGGAGGCCGUGGACUCCGCCGCCCUGGACCCCUCCUUUGCUGCUUUGCUCAGCGAGGCGGGUGUGACGCUUCAGGAACCUCCCGUGGACGACCUUCUGUCGCUCCUCAAGAGCUACUUUGCCUCCAACGCCAACCCCAGCAAGGAGGAGCUGGAGAAGAUCUCAGACUCUGUCAGUAUUCCCCUGGAUGUCGUCAGGAAGUGGUUUGUCAAGAUGAACUCUGGCAAGAAAAGCAGCAGUGACACGGAAGAAUCCAAACAGACUCAACCACCAAAGUCUCACUCUGAUUUCUCCAAUCAGAAUGGAGAGAGACGGGAAGACGCCAAAGCCUCAUCGGAGUGCGGAAGUGCUUCCCCAUCUGACUCCUCAUCAUUAAGCCUCAAUGCCAACGACCUGGUCAUCGUCAAAAGUGAGCCCGAGGACCCAGAGGCUUCGGACUCCCAAGCAGAACCCUUGGAUCUGUCCCUCCCAAAACAACUCACAGCCACGCCAGAAGACCCGCCUCCUGCCAAAAAUCCGCCGCAGCCUCUCAACCUGACCUGUCUGCGGAAGGAGCAGGUCGGGGGGCGCACCGUCUAUGUUGCCACGCCUCAGACCCACAGUGCCGUCAACAUCGUCCCUGCCUCCCAGCUGCCCACCCUGGUGGCCAUCACCGGUCAGGGCACGGUGGGCUGCCUGGGCGCCCUCAACACCUCAGCCAAGCGAACCAUCCUCAUCCCGCAGCUCACCUACACCUAUGCCGCCACGGCUGGCAACGCAGCCAAGACUGUCGUCCUCAACGGACACAAGACGCCUGACACGAGCUCUGAUGCGUCCACGGCGGAGGACCAAAAGGAACUGAAGAAGGCGCGGCUGGAAAACGGCAUCUACGCCUGCGAUCUAUGUUCCAAGGUCUUCCAGAAGGGCAGCUCCUUGCUCAGGCACAAAUACGAACACACCGGAAAGCGUCCGCAUGAGUGCCCGGUCUGCAAGAAGGCCUUUAAACACAAGCACCACCUCAUCGAGCACUCGCGCCUGCACUCGGGCGAGAAGCCCUACCAGUGCAAUAAGUGCGGCAAGCGCUUCUCGCACUCGGGUUCGUACUCGCAGCACAUGAACCACCGCUACUCCUACUGCAAGAGAGACGGGUUGAGCCAGGACGUCGGCCCGAUGUCGGACAGCCCCGGCCCGAUGUCGCACUCGCAGCUGGACUCUGACGGCCGGGAGAGCGAGGACGAUGAGGCCAUGUGUGUGGACGACGUCCGGGUGGUGCAGGUGGACGACGGCGUGUGCGAGAUCUAUGAGGGCAACUUUGACGACGAUGACGAGGACGAGGACGAGGAGGAUGGAGAGGAAGGGGAGGAGCAGGAGCAGGAGCAGGAGGUGGUGCAGGAGGUGGAGCAGGAGGUGGUGCAGGAUGUGGUGAAGGAUGUGGUGCAGGGGGAGGAAGGGGAAAGGAAAGGGAAGAAGAAGGAGGCAGCAGACAUGGAAGUGGAUGAAUUUGCCUGCGGUGUCGUGGAGGUUGAGCUGAAGCACGACCAGUCGCUGGAGUCCCCCGAGGACAAGGAGGAGUCUGCAGGUGUGAAUUUGGAGCAUAUGGCGGACUGCGCCUAUAAAAACAUCAGGGAUUGGUCGGACAGCGAGGAAUCCUCGGACGAAGCUGUGACAAAUGCCAAAUGAGCGAAUUCUUUCAGGACACUUUGAUGAGAACGGUCCACUACUGUGUUGAAACCGCCGGGUGUGCCUGAACUUCACAAACUUUUUCUUUCCCGUGCAAAUAUCAGUGUUACAAAUGUUUAUAGACGUUGUUUGCUCCAUUACUAACUCGCUCAGCUUGUUUAUACGAUCUUUUUAUUGCCAAUGAAGUUUCCUAAAAAUCAGUAUUUUAUUGAGUUCUACGAACAAAACGCUCUGCACUACGGUAUUCCCGCUGCGGAUACGCGCCUCACCCAUUGUACGCCCUUCAGUGUUACAUUCGCGCGCUCGCCGGCAUUUUCAGUUUCAGACUGUUAGCCUUAAGGAAAACAAACUAGGGAGGUUCCAGGAGUCCGGGGCGAGAGCGUGGCUUUGCGGCGUCCCGACUCCGGAAAGCUAGCAUUGCGAUCCAGAAGAAAAAAACUAAACAAAAAAAAAUAAAAACUUCUCCUCAUUCGGGUCGAGCUUCUCCAUGCUGGCGCCCCCCUGCCUUAUGCAAGACCUGUGUGCUGUUAAAGUGCCAUUGAACAGUGUUGUCACGUGAACAGUAUUACUACUAUUAUUACGUUACGUCUGUUACUCGCUACGAACGCCACGUUGGCUCGCCUUUGACCGCCUGCUCACGACAGCCACCGCACGCCACCCAGGAUACACAAUUGUCUGCAUUUUUAAAAAUUGGCUUUCGUAGGCAAGUAAAAUCUCAUCGAGAAUUUUUCCAAGAGCUCAAGUUUACAAUUUUUUUUUUUUUUUUUUUUUUUUUUACAAUAAGCAUUCCCAAUCCCAAAGAUAAGCAUGUAGUUGAUGUUGAAGUUAUUUUUGUGGUGAUUAAUGUGAAAAUGUGUUGUUUGGUCCCUUAGUGGCCACAAUCGGCCUCCAAUCAUCAUCUGUAUUGAGUUGGACGCUUUUAACGUGAGGAAACUUUUUAACGCAGAAAAAUGUUGCACAUUGAACUCACCUGUGGAUAUUAGCACGGAAUGAUCGUUGCUCACGUUUUAACAACAACUACACUCUAGAUUUUGUCCAACUUGUGCACUUGUCUUAGGUUAAAACGGCGGCGAGCUGUCCCGCACUUCAGGUGGCAAACUUUAGCCAACGUGACGUUCAUGUGGUUUAUUUUACCGAAACAGUAUUUGUUGUUUUUUUUCACCCACGUUUCAUUUUAUGUGUGUUUUUAACAAAAGCCAGUAUUAGAACCUUUUCCACAGGUUUCCGGUUUAGUCUUUAGACGACUUUUUUUUUUUUUUUUUUAUAUUUAUGUGUCUUAUUUUUGUAUUUUCUGUGAGGGUUAUUUAUUACACAUUGUAGCGUACAUGACUGUAGGCUGAAUUGAUACAAUAAUAUAUUUUAGUAUGAAAAAUAAUCCCGAGACAAACCGCAGUUUGUUUUACAAAAAAGAAAAGGUGAAAAUGUACCACAUGUAUUCUAUUAACACCGAGAAAAAAAAGAGGAAUGAAAGUGUUACGUGUCAUUAUGAAGCUACUGAUUUGAAACGCAUGUGUCGUCGUGGUUUUAAUGAAGGAUCUCCCAGACGUUGCUCCUCCCACAUUUGUCUUUGGAACAACUUGUCCUGUUCCGUGCCAUGAAUUUGUUCCAGCGGACCAUUGAAGGCUGCGUCAUGUUUGUAAUGAACCCACUAUCCUUUCUAAUGUCUUUUAUUUUAGAUUUGCUCCAUUUUUAUGACUCCCCAUUACAAUAAAGAUGUGACUGCAUCCCGA